GAGUACUUAAUGAGCUCAGAUCUGCCGGUGGAGACAGACACUUUCACAGCCAGCAGCUGUGGCAACAGGGAGCGUAGUCAGGAGUGAGCUUCAACGUGCGGGUUGAGGUGCUACAUUGGUGCUUGCUCGUGAGUGCAGGAGAAAUGGGUCUCAGGAAGUUGCACUUCCUGGCCUUGUGCCUGAUGGUGAUGGCACUUGUUAGCAUUGUGUCUGCUGGAAAAGCUUACGAAAAGCCCAAGAAGCCUGCUUACCCAGCCCCGAAGUGUGGGCCAGCUGCUCACUUCGGCGCAGUAUGUGGGGCGUACGUGAAGAAAUCCUACUACAAAAGCUACUACCCAAGUUACCACUCUCUGUGCUGCAUUAUCAUGAGGAAGGAAUCUGCCGACUGUCUCUGCAAAGCUGCGAAGUCCAAGUUUAAAUUUUCGGUGGAUCUCAUGAAGGUGCAGCAAGUCGCCAGCAAGUGCGGCAAGAAGCAGGCUGUCAGCUGCCAAGCUCCUAAGCCAUACUACUACAAGUCGCCUCCUCCUCCCAAGUACUACUACAAGUCACCACCUCCCCCAGCAUACAAAUACAAGUCGCCUCCCCCUCCUGCAUACAAGUACAAGUCCCCACCGCCCCCAGCAUACAAGUACAAAUCCCCUCCACCACCAGCCUACAAGUACAGCUCUCCUCCCCCACCCGCAUACAAGUACAAAUCCCCUCCCCCACCAGCAUACAAGUACAGCUCUCCUCCCCCACCCGCAUACAAGUACAGCUCUCCUCCUCCCCCAGUUUACAAGUACAGCUCUCCACCACCUCCAGCUUACUAGGAGUUGAAUCUUGUUGUAUCACCUGCGAAUUGGUUUGGAGAUAUCUGCAUUCUAGCUUCGAACGGCGUACCGGGAGUUCAAGUUCUUUGGAUCAUCUGCGAAAACCAGAAGCCUGAAAUGACCUGUAUCCGCUGGAGAGAUGUGGUUUGUGGCGAGUCUUCAGAUCAGCUCGUAGAUUGUCCCGGCUCUGUAUGUAAUAAUAUGCGAUAGUUUUGAGGAAUUAUGUCUGGUCGUGUAGAAAUAUGGGUAGUAGUUUUGGCAGAUUGGCACACAACUGAUGGCCCUCUCUUGUAUUACUGCCCUGUGAGAAAAGGAUCCACGGCCGUUCCAUCAUGAGGAUUAUUACCUACUGUAUGCUACAAUAUGUCUCAAUAAAGACGUAACGACUUUCA